GCCUUGUCAGCGGCCACGGUCCCACCCGACCGCAUCUCUCACUUUCACGUCUUCCUCUGUUAUCUCCUCCGGCCCUUCACCUCUAUUUCCUUCACAACGCAUCGACACAUUGAGGAAGCAUGGCCGGACUCCUGUAGAACUCCCACCGCUCUUUCUUCUUCUCUCAUGGUUGCCAUCAUUCAUGGAAGAUGUCUCUGCUUCUCGUUAAGCUCCGCUCUUUCCUCUCAUGGUCGGCCGGACUGGUAUGGAGACGGAAAGAGGUCGUGUCGUCGGAUGACGAUGGGGAUGAUGACAAUGAGAGCGGUGGCCGAACGCCGCCCUCGAUGGCGACCGCGGAGUGCUACGCUUGCACCCAGCGGGGGGUGCCGGCCUUCCACUCCACCACCUGCGACCGCGUCCACUCGCCGGAGUGGGAGGCCAGCGCGGGAUCCUCGCUGAUCCCGAUCCGUCCAAGCCAGACUAACGUGCUGCAGAACCUUCGACUGAGCAAGUCGGCGUCGCUGCUGCGCGGACCAGUGCUGGACCCCAGGAGCGAGAAGGUGCAGAGGUGGAACCGGGUGAUACUGCUGGCGCGGGCGGUGGCGGUGGCGGUGGACCCGUUGUUCUUCUACGCGCUGUCCAUCGGCCGGCGGGGCGAUCCGUGCCUGUACAUGGACGGCGGGCUGGCGGUGAUCGUGACGGCGCUGCGCACUGCGGCCGACGCCUUGCACCUGGUGCAUGUGUGGCUGCAGUUCCGGGUGGCGUACGUGUCGAGGGAGUCGCUAGUGGUCGGGUGUGGGAAGCUGGUGUGGGAUGCCCGGAUGAUCGCCGCCCAAUACCUGAGGUCUCUCAGGGGCUUCUGGUUCGACGUCUUCGUCAUCCUCCCGGUGCCUCAGGCUGUGUUUUGGCUGAUCGUGCCAAAAUUGAUCAGAGAGGAGGAGAUAAAGCUCAUAAUGACCAUCUGUCUCCUUAUCUUCGUGUUCCAGUUCCUGCCCAAGGUGUAUCACAGCAUCUGUGUGAUGAGGAGGAUGCAGAAGGUCACCGGUUACAUCUUCGGCACAAUCUGGUGGGGCUUUGGCCUCAACCUCUUUGCUUACUUCAUCGCCUCCCAUGUAGCUGGUGGAUGCUGGUAUGUUCUUGCGAUCCAGCGGGUCGCCGCUUGUCUUCAGCAGCAAUGUGAGAAGAACAACAACUGCAACCUUGUGUCACUGGCCUGCUCCAAGGAGGUCUGCUACCACCUCCCCUUAGCAUCGGGCAUGAACGAUUUGGGUUGCGAGGGCGACUUGGCAGCAUCUAUUGGGAUGCAAAACACACCGGUAUGCUUAAAUGCCGACGGGCCAUUUCCUUACGGAAUCUACAACUGGGCUCUCCCUGUUGUUUCCAGCAAUUCACUUGUUGUCAAGAUCCUCUAUCCGAUCUUUUGGGGCCUCAUGACUCUGAGCACUUUUGGCAAUGAUCUUGAGCCUACGAGUCACUGGAUUGAAGUUAUAUUCAGCAUAAUCGUGGUGCUAAGUGGCCUAAUGCUCUUCACUCUGUUGAUCGGUAAUAUUCAGGUAUUCUUGCACGCUGUUAUGGCGAGGAAGAGAAAGAUGCAGCUGCGGUCGCGAGACAUGGAAUGGUGGAUGAAACGGAGACAACUGCCGUCGAGACUGAGACAGAGAGUGCGUCAGUACGAGCGCCAACGGUGGGCUGCAACGAGAGGGGAGGAGGAGACAGAGAUGGUCAAGGAUUUCCCUGAAGGAUUAAGCCGCGACAUCAAGCGACAUCUCUGCCUUGCUCUCAUAAAGCAGGUGCCUUUGUUCCACAACUUGGACGAUCUCAUCCUCGACAACAUCUGUGAGAGGGUCAAACCCCUUGUCUUCUCCAAGGGCGAGAAGGUGAUCAGAGAAGGAGACCCGGUGCAGCGCAUGGUGUUCGUCGUCCGAGGCCACCUGAAGAGCAGCCAGUGCCUGAGCAAAGGCAUGGUGGCCACCAGCACGCUGGGGCCGGGCAGCUUCCUGGGGGACGAGCUCCUGUCGUGGUGCUUGCGACGGCCGUUUGUCGACCGGCUGCCUGCCUCCUCCGCCACCUUCGAGUGCGUCGAGUCCACGGAGGCCUUCAGCCUGGAGGCACCGGGCCUCCGGUUCAUCACCGAGCAUUUCCGGUACAAGUUCGCGAACGAGAGGCUGAAGAGGACGGCCCGGUUCUACUCAUCCAAUUGGCGGACGUGGGCUGCGGUUAACAUACAGCUCGCCUGGCGCCGCUACAAGUCGAGGACUGGAGGCACGGCGAGCUCGCCGCCGAAGCAGCACGACAGCGAGCGCCGCCUUAGGAGGUACGCUGCAAUGUUCAUGUCGCUGCGGCCGCAGGACCAUCUCGACUAGCGGAAGAGAGGUCGUCUCUUCACCAAAGAAUCCAAAUUGAGGGAAUGGGAUGUCAGAGGGAACAAAUUUAUAUUUAAUGUGCUGAAUUAGAUGUAUUCAUGGGAUAUGAGUACGUGUGCAUUCAUCGUAUUCAUGAAUUAAAUAUAGAAAGUUCCCUUUCUAUA